AGGGUUGGGCUCAGAACACUCAUUUGCAAUGCAUAUUGAAGGCUGGACGCUUUACAAACUGAUUUUGGCAGAGUUCCUCAGAAGUCCUUCAGGUUAACCCGGCACCAUGACUUCAGGAUUAAAGCGUUAGACCACAACAUUGUGUCCAAAAUGAGUAAAAAUCGCUACUCGCUGAAGGAACCCGACGUCAAAGAGUAUCUUGUGAAGGGAGACAGAUUUACAAAAUGGAAAGAGGACUCCAAAAAAACCAUCCCGGUCACCAUGAAGAUGGAUCCGAAAGGAUUUUAUCUCGUCUGGACCAAUCAGAGUAAAGAAACUGAACUUCUGGAUGUUGCGACCAUCAGGGACACAAGAGCAGGAAAAUACGCCAAACUCCCCAAACACCAAAAAGUUCGUAAUGUCUUCAACAUGGAUUUUCCCGACAGCCAUCAUCUGGCCAAAACGCUGACCAUCGUCACGGGCUCUGACACCGUCAAUCUGACAUAUCUCAACUUCUUUGCCGCAAAAGAAGUUGCCCAGCAAUGGGCUGAUGACAUUCUGGCGAUUGCGUACAACACCAUGAGAGCAAACGCCUGCAGACAGUUCUUCCUGGAGAAACUGUAUGUUCGACUCACGCUGCAGACCAAUAAGGAUGGAAAAAUCCCUGUUAAAAUUAUCUAUAAGAUGUUUCCUGCUGAUAAGAAGAGAGUUGAACAGGCGCUGACAGCGGCCAAUCUACCGAAAGGAAAGUUUGACACCAUCAAGUUAGAUGUGUUCACCGAGGCCGCGUUCAAAACCUUCCUGAUGCAUCUCUGUCCCAGACCAGAAAUCAAUGAAAUCUUCACGUCCUUCACCAAAGGAAAAGGUUUCAUGACCAAGGAGAUGCUGGCCAAGUUUCUGAACGAGAAGCAGCGAGACCCUCGUCUCAAUCAGGAGCUGUUUCCACCCGCCAGACCCGAUCAGAUGAAGACCCUCAUCGAGAAAUAUGAGCCCAGCUCCUCCAACGCCAGUCGAGGUCAGAUAUCUCCCGAGGGUUUAAUGUUUUAUUUGAUGGGCUCUGAAACGUCGGUGGUGCAUUUGGACAAACUAGCACAGAGUCACGACAUGACACAACCCAUCGGACAUUACUUUGUCAAGUCAUCUCACAACACAUAUCUCACAGCGGGUCAGCUGACGGGAGUCUCGUCUCCUGAGAUGUACCGUCAGUGUCUGCUCGCCGGGUGUCGCUGUCUCGAGCUGGAUUGCUGGAAAGGCAAACCUCCAGAUGAAGAGCCAAUCAUCACCCACGGCUUCACCAUGACAACUGAGAUCUUGUUUAAGGAUGUUAUUGAAGCUAUCAAUGAGAGCGCCUUCAAAACUUCUCCGUAUCCAGUCGUGCUUUCCUUUGAGAACCACGUCGACACAGUAAAGCAACAGGAGAAGAUGGCUCAUCACUGCAGGGCUAUAUUUGGAGAUAAACUGCUCAUUGAUCCGCUGGACAAAUAUCCCCUGAAGCCAGGCCAUCCCAUCCCGAGUCCGUCUGAGCUGAUGUGUAAAAUUCUCAUCAAGAACAAGAAGAGCAGCACUGCUCCGCAUAAACAAGAGACUGCGAAGAAGACAGAGAGUGUUGAGAAUCCUGCAGCGGACCCCCACCAUGCCCCCGCUGACGGACACGACGCACAUCAUCACGACGGUCAUGAUGAUCACGAAGAACACGACGAUCACGAUGAACAAGAUGAAGAGAAGAUGAAGAACUCUGACGAGGGUACCGCUGGACAAGAAGUCACAGCCUUUGAGGAGAUGUCAGCGAUUGUCAACUACGUUCAGCCCAACAAAUUCAUCUCAUUUGAGAACGCAAUCAAAAAGAACAGGAGUUAUGUCAUCUCCUCAUUUGUGGAAACCAAAGGCGAGAGUCUGAUCGCUAAGAACGCUGUCGACUGGGUGGAAUAUAAUAAGAGGCAGAUGAGUCGGAUCUAUCCUAAAGGAACACGUGUGGAUUCAUCAAACUACAGUCCUCAGCCCUUCUGGACCGCAGGCUGUCAGUUUGUGGCACUCAACUAUCAGACUAUGGAUUUCCCCAUGCAGUUGAACAUGGCUCUGUUCGAGUUCAACGGCAGGACGGGGUACCUGCUCAAACACGAGAUGCUUCGCAAAAGCGACAAGAAGUUUGAUCCUUUCACUGAAAGAUUCGACACCAUCAUCGCCUGCACGCUCACCAUCAAGAUCUACUCGGGUCAGUUCCUGUCAGAUAAGAACGUGAAAACCGGAGUGGAGGUGGAAAUCAUCGGUUUGCCGAAGGACCCCAAGAAAAAGUUUCGUACCAAAUGGACGGCGACACCCAACGCCAUCAACCCGGAGUGGAACGAAGAGCCUUUCGUCUUUGAGAAGAUUCUGCUGCAGGAGAUGGCUUACCUCAGGAUCGUGGUUCAUGAGGAGAGUGGAAAGUUCAUAGGUCACAGAAUUAUUCCACUGGACGCUCUUCAGACAGGUUUCCAGCACAUUUGUUUGCGCUGUGAGAGUAAUAUGCCUCUGACUCUGCCGUCUCUGUUCGUCCACAUUGAUGUGAAGGAUUAUAUUCCCGCUGCGUUCGCUGAUUUCACAGACGCACUUUUCAAUCCUGUCAAGACUACAAAGCCUCCGAAGCAAGAGAGCGCCACAUACGUGUCUGAAUAUGAGUUACCUCUGGCUGAUGGAGCUGCAUCUGCUGCGACUGCUGCGACUCCUGCAGAACCAAAAGCCUCUGAGAGUCCGGCAGAGGGCGACGCUGAACCUCCAAAACCUGACGAAAAACCAGAGCCAGCUCCUGAACCUGAACCAGAACCAGCUCCUGAACCAGAACCAGCCCCGGAGCCAAAGCCAGAACCAGCUCCUGAACCAGAACCAGAACCAGCCCCUGAACCAGAACCAGAACCAACUCCUGAAGCAAAACCAGAAGAAAAUCAAGAACCAGCCCCUGAAACGAAACCCGAGGAAAAUCCAGAAGCAGCACCCGAAGCAAAACCCGAGGAAAAUCCAGAAGCAGCACCCGAGGAAAAUCCAGAAGCAGAACCAGAACAAAAACCAGAGGAAAAUCCAGAAGCAGCGCCUGAAAUGAAGCCAGAAGCCGAACCCAAAGCAGAGGAGCCUCCUGCUGACCCAUCAGACCCGCCCACCGUGACCUGUGAGGAACUGCAGCAGCACAAGAACUUCCUGAAGGUCACCAAGAAACAAGAGAAAGACCUGAAGGACAUGGAGAAGAAGUUUCAGAAGAAACGUGAUGAAGUGACGCAGAAAUACAGCAAACAGUUGGAGGCGUUGAAGAAGAAGAGCUCGGCUAAGAAGUCAGAAGGUUCCGAGCCGAGCGAACAGAUCACAGACAUCAAGCAGAAGCUUCAGACCGAUCUCAGAGCUGUGCUGGUGGAACACUACGAUCAGACCAAGAAUAAGAAAGAGCAGCAGAACACUGAGCGUUUGACCAAACUCCUGGAGAUAGCCACAGAGAAACACAGCAGCGAGAUGAAGGCACUCAACAGUGACAUGAAGGAAGGACAAGACAAGGACAAAAUGAAUGAAGAAAAGCAAAGCACUGAUCAGCUUGACAGUGAUAAAGCUCAGUCAGAUGAAGGUUCACCUCAGGAACAGAGUCUGAAGAGAAGACAGGCCGCCACUCUCGGCAAAAUCAGAGAUCUCAUCAGUCAGCUCAAUAAAGACGCCGUCUCCGAGCACUCUAAGAACAUGUGGUCACUGCCCAAUGAACUGACGGAGGCCGUGAACUCCUGCGUCAAACCUCAUUACCCCGAUCACAUGGAGAAAGCCGUAGAGAACCGCACAGAACCGGCCAACGGACAAUGUCAAGUUUUCGUAGGAUGAACUCUGUGUGUCUACCGUAACAUGAAAUUUAGAUAAAUAUUUAUGAGAUUUAAAAAGACACUUGUUUAUAAUUCAGUAUAUAGGCUACUGUGUUUUAUUUCAUUUAGAUUUCCAAACACACACAAAAAACAUGUUUAAAUUCUGAACCCUUUUAGAAACAUUUAAUUAAGGAAUAUGAAAACUGUCAAGAUGUCUCAAUCAUAGUUCA